GCGGGACUUGCGCCGAGCUACGGGUCCCGGGUGGGGUCAGGGGCCGUGAUGUGUCUCCUUCUGGGGGCCUCGGGCGUUGGGAAGACGCUGUUGGUGAAGAGACUGCUGAAGCUGAGCUCCGGGGAUGGGAAGGGCGAUCUGGGCGAUCCUCCGCCGACGCGGCCCACGGUGGGCACCGACCUUACUGACAUCGUGGUUCCAAGAAAGAUUACCAUCCGGGAGCUGGGGGGGUGCAUGGGCCCCAUCUGGCCCAGCUACUAUGGAAACUGCCGUUCUCUCCUGUUCAUGAUGGACGCGGCUAACCCCACUCAGCUGUCUGCCUCCUGCGUGCAACUUCUGGGUCUCCUUUCUGCGGAAGGACUAGCAGAAGCAUCGGUCUUGAUACUCUUCAAUAAAAUCGAUGUGCCCUGUUACAUGACCGUGGAGGAGAUGAAGUCCUUGAUCAGACUCCCGGACAUCAUUGCCUGUGCCAAGCAGAGCAUCAGCGCAGUGGCAGUCAGCGCUCACAAGGGCACCGGCUUGGCAGAGGUCCUGCACUGGCUCCAGGACACCCAGGGGACUGACAGCUGACAGCUGCCCCGCAGGAGGAGACCAUGACGGGCCGGCCCUGUGGAGGGCCCGAGGGCCGCCCUGCUUGGCCUGCAGUGAUCUGGAUGACCCAGCACAAGCCUAGGGGAUGGGCUUCUGGCCGGAGUUGCAGGGACGGGUAAACUGAGGAACCCUGGUUGCAGAAAGUCCUGAUAGCUGGCCUCCGAAUGAGAAGAUCGUCCCCAGGGCUGGGAGAGGACAACAGGCUUGCAGGGUGGCUGGGCGACCUGCUCCCAUCCCGGGAUGUAUUCCCUUCCCGCAGGUGUUUGGACUGCACAGCCCCACAGGGCUCUCUGUAGAGUUUCUGACAGGCUGAUGAUGUGACCCCCACUGUAUGAGGCCGUUGUCAUGGAAAGAACUGAGCCUGGAAUCAGGACGAGAAGGGUGUUUUCAUUAGUUCAUCUGCUUAGUGCACGUUCGUCGCCGGGGAGGGCAUAGGGAUCCCGCAGGUAGGCGAGAGUGGGGGCAGCUCUGAUAGAGCAUGGGAGGUCCUGGCAAGCUCACCCUGAUUUCAGCUGAGGGGGUUUGUGGGAGGACUAGGGUGUAUUCGUGUCCUAGGGCCUCCAUAACAAAUUGCCACCUGGCUUAAAACAAUCUAAACUUAAGCUCAAAGUUCUGGAGACCAAAAAACUGACAGGAAAGUGUCAGCAGGGUUGGUUCCUUCUGGAGGCUCCGAGGGAGGAUGCAUUUCUUGCUUCUUUUCUGGCUUCUAGUGGUUGCUGGUACUUCUCGAUAUAAUUUGGCUUGUGACUCGAACUAAA